AUGGUGUUACUGCAUGUAAAAACGGCGGAUGAACAACAUCAGUUUCUGUUUGAGACAAAAACAAGCGAGACAGUGAAAGAUGUUAUUUCAGCUGUCACCACACUGCAUCUCACGCGGCUGAAGGCACUGAAGGUGGCAGAUGCCGCAGAGGCGGUGGCAACAUAUGGACCCUUAAGACCAGAAGAAACUAGAGGACUGACAGAAGAAGUGGCCAAGCUGUCCAACUUAAACGUUUACCCCGAGGGCCCCCCGACAAAUCCUGACCCGCAUUUUUACAGGACUGGAUUGCCCCCUCCCAAAGAGGUGGCCGACGUCAUUCUUCGCACCUGCGCAGAGGCCAGAGAGGCCCUGUCGCACAAGAAGGUGCAUCAACAACAGCACUUGAGGGUGAAAGUGGUAGAAGGUGUGAGGGGGGGGGAUUGGGGAGAAAGUGCAGUGCACACUUCAUGGCAAGAGGAAGCACUUCUGUCCCAGGCACUUGCGGCGCAGAACAUGAGCAACGAGGUUGAGCGUCGGGAAGCAUUGCUGCUGGAGGCGGUACAAGAGACGCUUAAUCUGCUGCGGGGGGCGUUGCAAAUCGCCUACCCUGCAAACCACGGCCUGCCGUGCUGGGAGCCCGCUCGCCUUCUCUUGGAAGAUAAGGAGACUACCGGUGGCCAGGAUAUUUCACAGAAUAUCACUCUAGAGAAUGCCUGUCUUUGGUGGACGGGAAAGCAGCUGCACAAGACGGAGUGCCUCAGCAAAUAUUUAGGAACAAACGAGAAGACAAGGACAGUGGUGCGGCUGCAGCCUAAGAAUGCGGGACCCCCCGUCCGCGAGCCUCGGAUGGAUGCAGAGACGCACAAGGCUGUGCUGGCGUACUGUCACAAGAAGAGACAAGAGGAUAAAGUCCGUCAAUCCCCCCAAAACCUGCUAUUGCCUCAGCUGCGUCUUCCUGCCUGCUACCUGCCCAUAUAUUCCGGCGGCGUCCCUGCGACCCCCUGCGGGGCCUCCUCCACGGACUUUUACUGUUGUCGGCAGUCUUGGGACAGAUGCCCUGCACGGGCAUUCUGUCGGCGCCCUGUCGUCUUUGUCUCCUCUCUGUGCCUCUGA